UGAGGUCAGAGUUCAUUUCUUAAGGCGCGUGCAGGAAGAAAUCCCAACCAAACGUGCGGCAUGUUUACGCUGGUAGAAAUGACUGAUACUGUCAGGAUACCGCCUCAUCUCUUCCACAUCAAACUUAACGACGCAGUCAUUGAGGAGCUCAACAACAAAUUUGCAAACAAGGUUGUGUACAAUGUGGGCUUGUGCAUAGCUCUGUUUGACAUCACAAAGCUGGAAGAUUCUUUCAUUUUCCCAGGAGACGGGGCAUCUCACACAAGAGUGCAUUUCAGAUACGUGGUGUUUCGACCCUUCAUGGAUGAGAUCCUACAGGGUAGAAUACGGAGCUGUAGUAGGGAAGGUGUUCACGUGUCUCUAGGUUUCUUUGAUGACAUCCUGAUCCCACCCGAUGCCCUCCAGCAACCGUCCAAGUUUGAUGAAAGUGAGCAGGUGUGGGUGUGGGAGUACGAGACAGAGGAGGGAACACACGACCUCUUCAUGGACAUCAAUGAGGAGAUUCGCUUCCGGGUCGUGGACGAAGUGUUCGUAGACACGACCCCUACGGGGCCAAAGGUCAGCGAGGCAGCCGAGUCUGACAAAGAGGCGAAGAAGUCGCCAUAUUCACUGGUGGGCACCAUCAGUGAGCCAGGCCUGGGACUACUGAGCUGGUGGAACAGUGUUGGAUAAAGGCCUUUGUCUAUUUACUUGUUUGUUUGUUUGUUUGUUUGUUCAAAUUGAUAUGUAAAGAUUGUGGAUAUGUUUUAUGUAUGCUUAAAGUUGUUCUG